UUUUGAUGGUAGAAACUAAACAACACCGAACACGGUAUGCCGUGAAAACGUGUAAAAUACAAAUUAUAUUUUGAUAAGUGUAUAAAGCUGUGGGCCACGGUAACGAAUCAAAUAGUAUUUUUUAUAUUUUUAGUUCAGUUGUAUCUAGUGGAAAAUGAGUAAACCGAUGGCUUUAAGACGAAUUUGGCUUAAUAAUAUUGUUAAUUUUUUCCCUAAGACCGCCGGAUGCAACGCCUUAUGAGAAAUUUCAAGAGCUUUUCAGCGGUUUGACUCUCAUUUACAGACAAUUUGGCUAACUUUUGUGUGAAAAAAUAUGAUCAUUUCCAUAACCGCAUUUGGAUCGUCCAUAUGCGUUCUAGAGCCUGAGAUACCUGACAGGGGAAUUUAUUUUCCUAUGCGAUGUAUUUUAUUAUUUUAAUUUCAAAUAACUGCCAAGUUUUUCAACCAUAUGUGUUUACUCAUAGACAAAAUAAUUUAAAUUAAAAACAAUACCAUGAAGCUUAUACAAAUUAACCGGUAAAUUAAUUGACAUGAUCAAAAUUUAUUAAAAACAACUUUUUUCCUAAAUAUUGCCUAUACAAAACUCCUUAAAACCAAACGCAUGCAAUCCCCUUAACAAAAUAUAAUUUGUAUUUUACACGUUUUUACGGCACACCGUGUUCGGUGUUGUUUAGUUUGUAUUAUAAAACCAUCAAAAACGCCUGUGCAAAUUUUAGGUGAAAUCGUUUAAGCUGGCCUAAAAAUGUUUCAUGUCAACGUUAACAUAGCUUUACUGCGGUUCUUUUUAGUUCUCCUUUUUUUUACUGGAUAAGCAACUCAGUUAACAUUUUACUGGUAACCUCUUUAUCAAUUCAUGGUAUGGUGUUAUCUACACAAACGUAAUUUCUUAAAAAUUAAAAAACUGACAGAAGUCAACUCUCAAGUCUCAACAAUUAAAAAAUAAGUACUUGUACUUCGAUUUUUAUAACUUAGAUAAUUUGUGUAAGUAAUUAUAUAUUCAAGAAGUUAGUUAUGGAAGAAGUGGAGGAUCCUAUGGACGAAUGGUUUUUUAAUUCUUUCAAAAAGUACCACAAGUUACAAAUGUUUGGUAUUGAUAAACCCAUUCUAGCUAUGGAUUUAAGUAGUACAACUGCUGUAUGUUUAGCAUGCAAACAAAGUGAGAACACCGUUUUUGAAGUAUUAAAUUUGGAACUACCAAACAAACUGUACCAAUUGGAAAAUGAGCCUGACUCUAUAAAUACUAGUAGAGAUCUGAAAAUUAAAUGUGGCACCUUAACUACCAAUAAAUUAAUUGAUAUGAAAACAAUAUUCAAUAAAAAUAAAGUAAUAUUAUCUAAAGAAGGAAUGAAUAAUGUAAUUUUAUACCAAUUAAAUACUAAUAACUCAGAUCAAAUGAUCCCAAUCAUAUCUUUUGAUAGUAAAAUAGACUCUGGAAAAUUAGCAAUUAAUCAUUUAAAUGACACAUUUAUUGUAUGGGGAAGAGAAAAUACUUGGCAAAACGGAAAAUUGUUUGAUAUUGAAAAUAAUAAAUGUUUAUUAGUAUGUAAAGAUGAGUUAAAUGAUGCAACAAACAAUUAUGUACCACAGUUUAUAUCUAAAGACAAAUUAAUAGUUUUGAAUUCAAACAAUGGUGCAUUUGAUAUGUACUGUAUAACUAAUAACCAGCAUAUAAUUAACAUACCUCAACCAGAGGCUAAUAUGGCCAAAUGGUUUUCAAACACUGCUUACGUGAAUUUAGAGGAAACUACGAGUAAUAAUUUUCAAAUAAUUUCAAAUGCAGGAGAUUUGGUUGUAUAUGACUUAAGAUGUUUAAGAACUCCAAAAAUAUACAAAAGAAAUUUAUUUCCAGAAUGUAAUAAUGAUAUAAACAUUAACUUAGACCCGGGUAAUUUGAAAAGAACCGUUGUUAGUGGUUUUGAUGAAAACGUAUACAUUAUUGAAGAAGAGUCUAGUGGUGACGAAAACGUGAAACUCAAAUUCAAACACGAAGGUCAUUUGUUUAUAGAAAGUGAAUAUUCUAGUCAUAAUAAGAUAACAACAAGUUGUGCUUUAUGGUUACCAAUGUGUGGUGAUAAUACAUUAUUAUCUAGUGCAAAUAAUGGAUCCAUCCAAGGGUGGCAAUAUAUUUCCUAAAGCUCAAAGAAUUAACAAAAAUAAAUUAUUUUGUUAUACAUUUUAAUUGUUUAAUAAUCAUACAAUAUAUAAUUAUGUACAAAUAUUAAUUUAAUGUACAGUAUUAUUUUAAUAUUUAAGUGUUUUAUAUAAACAUAACGCCGUAUGCUGGAUAGACUCGGUAAACAAAACGUUGAAAUAACCCGUU